UUUGGAACUAGUUGAUAAAGAGAAGCAAAUUCCAUGGAGACCGAUUGGUUUCAAAAGAAUAAGGGCUGUCAGUGGAAAUUAGGCUUCAGCCUGCAAUGCCCCACUGACCUUGAAAGCCUUGAAGCUCAAGUGCGUGUGCAGUUGAUUGGAAGAGAAUGGAAAAGAGGUUGCUUAAAGUUUUCAGUCUUUGCACAGACUGCAGAAUAAAACGAUGGGUGACGGUUUCCUUUUCUAGAACAGCUUUUCUGAGAUGUAAAUUACCCAGAUGCAUUUAGAGGAACAAACACAUUUGUUUGUUUAAAAGCACUGCUCUGCAACUGAUGCCUCUUCUUCUGAUUGUCCCCACUGGAAUUCUAGCAAGCGGAGUACCGGCAGAAGUUGUUGCAGCUGUUGAUGUGAAUACAGUGGCCAAUGAAGUUUACACACACAAUUUUUCUACCACACCCCUGUGGCCAAAAACGAUUGAGGGAAUAACAUUGAAGGAACUCAACAGGUUAUCUUUUGAUAUGAUUUUGAUGAGUCCUCCUUGUCAGCCCUUUACAAGAAUUGGUCGACAAGAGGGUAUUUCUGACCCUAGGACCAAAAGUUUUCUCUAUAUUCUAGAUAUUCUUCCAAAGCUUACAAGGCUGCCAAAAUACUUACUUUUAGAAAAUGUCAAAGGUUUUGAAACAUCUUCUGCCAGAGAUGAACUUAUACGAACACUAGAAAAAUGUGGAUUUACAUAUCAAGAAUUUCUGUUGUCUCCAACUUGUAUUGGGAUUCCAAACUCAAGACUGAGAUACUUCCUGAUUGCAAGACUCCAUUCAGAGCCCUUUCCUUUUCUAGCACCUGGGAAGAUAUUGACUGAUUUCCCAAGCCAGGAACCAGAGAAUUCAAAGACAUGUAAAGAUGCUGCAGCUGUGACAGAAGCUGGUUCUCCAGUCCUUACCAAAAUGCUCGGCUCUGGCCUUCAUGCUAAUGGCAGGCAGUGCCCACAGAAGAGGGACUUUCUGUAUAAACUUGAAACAGAGACAGAAUUGGAAAGAAAACAGCAGUGGGAUGACAAUCUCUCUUUACAGAUGCUCAAAAAUUUUCUCCAAGAGGAUGGAGAAGGGCUGAGUCAGUAUUCCUUACCAUUGAAGUCUUUGCUACGUUAUGCUCUCCUUUUAGAUAUUGUCAAACCCACUUGCAGAAGAUCUACAUGUUUCACAAAAGGGUAUGGGCACUAUGUAGAAGGAACUGGUUCCGUAUUGCAGAUGGCAGAGGAUAUUCAGCUUGAAUCGGUAUUUAAAUCCUUUGAUGAUUUGUCUGAAGAUGCAAAGCUUAAGAACCUAUCAAUGCUUCAGCUGCGGUAUUUUACUCCUAGAGAAAUAGCAAAUCUGCAUGGAUUUCCCCCUGAAUUUGGUUUUCCUGAAAACAUUACCAUAAAACAGUGUUACCGUCUACUUGGAAACAGCCUCAACGUGUACGUGGUUGCUAAAUUAAUUUCAUUUCUGGUUGAAUCAUACUAAGCGAUGACCUGUUUAAAUGAACUGUCUGGUGGCAUUCUACUAUGUCAGAAUGUGGAUUUCUUCCUUGGAAGAGGAUUGAAUCCGAUUACCAUGGUGCAUUUGUGUGGAAUCUCAUCUUUGUUUAUAAAAUAAAUAACUCUCAAAUGUG